CAGCUUGUACUUCCGGAAGGUGGGGCUUUUGUUGCGGGAGCGGUUUGUAUAUGUAGACCAAUGCCUCUGUGUUCGCUGUUAACGCGCUCAGCAAGAUAGCGGCAGCCUCGGGCAGACAAGCGGAUCGUGCUUCGGUCGUGAGUGUGUGUGUGUGUACCUGUGCACAUGUGUUUGAGUGUUUAAGAGAGGCACAAAGAAGAAUCCAGUGAUGGCUGCCAAUAAGGGUAAAAACCAGAGCUCUCUGGUGCUGCACAAGCUGAUAAUGGUGGGCAGCGGCGGCGUGGGAAAGUCAGCCCUCACCCUGCAGUUCAUGUACGAUGAGUUUGUGGAGGACUACGAGCCCACCAAAGCAGACAGCUACAGGAAAAAGGUGGUUCUGGACGGGGAGGAGGCUCAGAUCGACAUCCUGGACACCGCCGGGCAGGAGGACUAUGCUGCUAUCAGGGACAACUACUUUCGCAGCGGGGAGGGCUUCCUGUUGGUCUUCUCCAUCACAGAGCCCGAGUCCUUCGCUGCCACUGCUGAGUUCAGGGAGCAGAUCUUGCGGGUGAAGGCAGAAGAGGACAAGAUCCCGCUCCUGCUGGUGGGGAACAAGUCGGACCUGGAGGAGCGUCGGCAGGUGCCCGUGGACGAGGCCCGCGGGAAGGCCGAGGCGUGGGGCGUCCAGUACGUGGAGACGUCAGCAAAAACCAGAGCCAACGUUGACAAGGUGUUCUUUGACCUGAUGCGUGAAGUGCGAGGCAAGAAAAUGUCUGAAAACAAAGACAAGAACGGGAAAGGGAAGAACAAGAAGAACAAGAAGAGCUUCAGGGAGAGAUGCUGUUUACUUUGAGCUCCUCGUGGACCUGAAAACACAAAGCUCCACAGAACAGGGGAGCAGAGCUCAGCGUCUUUGAUCUCAAUGAAUCUGAUUAUUUUUUAUUGAUAGCUUGUUAUAGUUUCAUGUCUAGAACAAUCGCAACCACUAUGUUGCCAAUCUGAAUGAAUGAAAGCUGACUGGCUCUGCUGUGAGGAUGGACGGCGACUGCAGUGCUUGAUGGCUCACAGGAAGCCAGCGACCAAACUGCCAUUGACACCAACUGUGCUGCUCGACACGUUCAGCGGUUUACUGCCUUUCCUUUGGUUCCUCUCUCUCUACAAAGCCGUUAGUUUGUUCGCCUCCUCUAAUCUGGGCCUGCAGUCAGUGUAGACUGCAUGUACACUGAUGGCCUCUCUGUGGAGCAGGUUUCCAUCGCCCACUUUGUGUUUGCAGUAGCUGCUGAAGCUGCAAGUUUAAUGUCCGGUUUCCCCCCCCCCUGCCUUCAGGUUUCUUGAAUAUUUUUCUUCAGUUUCAUGCGAGGAAUUGAGGUUUUUUCAUCCCAGGAGGUUCACGCAGUGCAGUCGUGUCCUGACACGAUCACCAUAAAUCAAUGUUAAAACCAUUUUCAGUGAAGCUGUAAAUUACAUCCUCGCUGACUCAGAAUCCACUCAUUUCUCUUCACGUACACGCGAUGAGAUAUUUUAACGUUUGUUCUGUAUUUUAAGAAUGUGGGAAAUGAAUGGUGAGAGAGCUCUGCCACGUCGGUGUGACCCUCCUCAGAGCGCAGACGCCACCGUUUGUCCAGGAGCGAGGUUGGAUCGGUGCUGGGAGGCACGACAAUCCAGGAGGCCACCCUGCUAAUGCAUUCAGUCUGUUAGUCUCCAUAGUCCUGAUCUUCUUUUGAAUAACAUGCACUACAUUGUCAGUACCUUAGAAGUGGCUUCAUGCUGUGUUGAGUCACGCUGUGCCAACAAAAAUUCAAACUAUGUUUGUGGGUGUGUGGUAUGUAUGUUGUGUAAGAGUGUGUGUGCAUUUGUGGGAGAACCUUCUUACCUUGCUGUGUGUCUGAGUGAAGCUCUGAUGCUCCAGCUGUUGUGUGUUCAGAUGUUCAUGGUGACCCUGCUGUGUGUUUGUUGGCGGCUGAGAGCUGCUGAAUAAAUGCUUUUCUUCCUUUUUUCAUGUCUUUGUAAGGAGCUCGAUUCAAUGUCCGACUUCCUGCAGACAGUUGUAAAAACGUUGGUGGUGUGGCAGGUAAGGGGAGGCGGUGUGCUGCACAGCGCCCUCUGGUGGAGGCAGCGGAGCCACUUACUUUAUGGCCACAGUUACAGCGACAUUAUCCACUGAAACGUGGCUGCCAGUCCGUGGUCCCCGUGGGGCAUACGGCCUAGUUUGGUCAAAUAACCCAGCACUCACUCACUUUGCAUCGAUUGUUCCUCUGCCAUCAGAAGAGUGCCAACGGCCUGUUUUUCUCCAAUCUGACAGUGAUGUAGUAGCACCAUUUAUAUUAACCUCACAGCCUUAUCUUACACGGCAGGAAUUGUGUGACGCCACCCUGGAGAUGAACCGGUCGUGGGCUCUCGUAGCUGAAGCCCCGGGGGCGGCCGGGUCACUGAAACUCAUUUCACAGUGUGAAAACACGGUUGACUACAUCACUUUGAAACUAGUUUUCGUGUGGAGGGUGG